AUGUGCUAUUUGCAACGGUCCAGAGGUUACUUAAUGCUCGAGUUGCAAAGAUCAAUAUUAUCUUGACAUAACAAAAUGCCUACGUAAUUUAUUUGUUUUAUUCUUAGGUUGCCCUCCAAAAUGCGAAUCAACAUGUGAUUACUUAAACAAUACUUUAACAUGCCAUGCUUGUGCUUCUGGAUACUUUGGUGAUGACUGUGAGGUAUGCUCGACUGACUGUAAAACUUGUGUGGAUUUGGCUACAAAAUGUACUUCAUGUAAUAUCGGAUACUACUUGAAUGGAUUUACUUGUACUUAGUGCGACCAACAUUGCAUCACUUGCGCUAAUACAACUGGAGCCUGUUUAAGUUGUGAUGAUGGAUAUGUGGUUAAUGAAGAAAACAAAUGUGCAAGUAAUUUAUAAAUUUUUAUAAAAUAAUAGUUUGUUCAAAUUGUACUUGUCCAGAAAAAUAAUACUUCGAUAGUGCUGAUAAAAUAUGCAAACCCUGUGAUACAUCUUGUACAAGAUGUUAAGGAAUUUCGACGAGUUGCCAAGCUUGUUCUUCUGGCUACUAUUUAGAAACUUCAACCUGUAAGAAUUGUGUUGCUCCAUGUAUUCUUUGUACUGCUAUGAAUAUGUGUUAAAAGUGCAAUAGUGGAUACUUUUUAGAAAAUGAUAAUUGCUUACCAUGUUAAUCACCUUGUAUUAAUUGUUUGACAGGAGGAAACACUAAUUGUUCUUUAUGUUAGAUUGGAUAUUAUUUAGAUAUAUAAAUUUGUAAACUUUGUGACUAAGCUUGUAAAAAGUGUUCAGGUAAUUCCAUCAAUUGUUCCGAAUGUUAAAUGGGAUAUUAUUUAGAAAAUUCAACAUGUUCUCUCUGUUCAAAUCACUGUUAUGCUUGCAAUUCAGCAACUCAAUGCACUUCUUGUGAUAUUGGAUAUGAAAUAGUUAAUGGUGAAUGUAUUGUAUGCUCUAUGAACCAAUACUACUUAAACCUAAAAUGUUUAUCAUGUUUAAUUCCUUGUUCAUCUUGUGAGUAAACUGAAUCUCGUUGUACUAGUUGCACAGAUGGAUAUUAUUUAUCAUCAUAUUAAUGCUUCUAAUGUUAAUAGCCUUGUUUAAAUUGUUCUUCAUAAAAUGACUGUUUAUCAUGCAUAUCAGGAAAAUAUUUAAGUAAUAAGACUUGCAUAACUUGUGAAUAACCUUGUACUACAUGUACUUCAUCAGGUACUUCUAAUUGCCAAUCAUGUUAAUAAGGAUAUUACUUAGAAAAUAAUUAAUGCAUUUUAUGUAGUACAAUUCUAAGUUCUUGUUUAACUUGUACAAAUAAAAUAACUUGUAAUUCUUGUGAUACAACACAUUAUUUGAAUAAUGGACAAUGUUUGCAAUGCAUUAGUAGUUGUAAAUCAUGUACUGAUCAAAAUACUUGUACUAGUUGCAUUGAUACAAAAUAUUUAGAUACUACAACUUGUCAAUCAUGUUAGUCUCCUUGUCUAAAUUGUAUAAAAAAUUAAAAUUACUGUUUGAGUUGUGUAGAUUCAUAUUAUCUUAAUUAAAAUUCUUGCAUAAGUAAAUAUUCUAUUAUAUUUCUAGAAUGCAUAUCCCCAUGUUAAAAUUGUUCAAAUGAUUCAACUUGUUUAAAUUGUGUUGCAGGAUACUUUUUCUAAAAUGGUAUAUGUUCAAAAUGUAACAAUGAAUGUCAAUUAUGUUCUGGUUCUGCUAAUUAAUGCUCAUUAUGUUAAAGUGGAUAUUACUUAUCUGGAACAAGUUGCAUGAGUUGCGUUUCUCCUUGCUCUACUUGUACCUCAGAAUCAUCUUGCAAUAGCUGUGUAACCACAUCAUAUUACUACAUAAAUAAUUCAUGCAUUUCUUGUAAAUCUCCUUGCUCAACUUGCAGUGGAGAAAAUUCUUGUUUGAGCUGCAUAAAUGGAUAUUAUUAAAAUUAAACUAGCUGCCUUUAAUGUGCAAGUCCUUGUUAAAAUUGUUCAUCAUCAUCAAUUUGUAGUAGCUGUAUUGAUAAUUACUACCUUAAUGGUACAGUUUGUUUUAAAUGCCCAAUAAAAUGCAAGGAUACUUGUAGUUUUGUAAAUAACUAAGUAAAUUGUGGAAGUUGCGCAGAUGGAUAUUAUACCAGCAAUUUAGAUUGCAUUUAAUGCUCAAUUAAUUGUAAAACUUGCGAAAAUACAGAUACUUAAUGCACUUCUUGUGUUGCUGGAAAAUACCUAUUAAAUUCUUAGUGUCUAACUUGUUCAACAAAUUGCAUUGAAUGUGAAGCUAUUACUGGAAAUUGUACACUUUGCCAAAAUGGUUUCUCUGUUAAUUCAUUUCAUUAGUGUGCUGAAUGCUCAACUUGUAAUUGCCCAAAUGGACAAUAUUAUAAUUAGAGUUAAAAUAACUGCUUGAAUUGUGAUUCUAAAUGUGAAUCUUGUUUUGGUGGAUUAAUUUCAUAAUGUACCAAAUGCAUAAAUGGGUAUUAUUUAUAAGACAGUACAUGUACCAUAUGCUAAACACCAUGUAUAACUUGUACUUCUGCUGCCAACUGUUUAUCUUGUAUUAAUAUAACUUAUUUGAGUGAAAAUUAAUGUUUGACUUGCUAAUCUCCCUGUCAUAAAUGUUUAAGUGCAGGUAAUACUAAUUGUUAAGAAUGCAUCACUGGAUAUUAUUUGAAUGGAAAUGUGUGUGUUCAAUGUGAUGCAAAAUGCAAAACUUGUACAGCUUAAAAUACAUGCUAAACUUGUGCUGAUGGAUAUUAUUUAAGUGGAUCAACUUGUAUCUAAUGCCCGACAGGAUGCACAUAUUGUACAAAUGGUUCUACAUGUACAGGUUGUAGUACUGAUUAUUAUUUGGAUGGAAUUUGUAAAUAAUGUAGUGUAGGGUAAUUUAUAUCUAAUAACUCAUGCUCUUUAUGUCAAUCACCUUGUGCUUCUUGUGUGACAAAUGCUUCUAAUUGUUAGAGUUGCAUAGAUAAUUACUAUAAACCAUUAAAUUUGAAUACUUGUUAGUAGUGUGUUUCACCCUGUAAAUUAUGUAGCUCAGAUGUUGCUUGUUUAUCAUGCUAGAGUGGAUAUUAUUAUACAAGCUCAAAUAAUUCAUGUACUACAUGUACAUUACCAUGUCUUACUUGCCUAACAGCAGGAAAUGCAAAUUGUUAAUCCUGUGUGGCUGGAUAUUACUUAGAUGGAUAGAUAUGUAGAGAUUGCACCUAAUUAUCUUAUUGUUUAGAAUGUUCAACUUCAUUGGUCUGUACAAAAUGUGAUACCACUCAUUUUGUAAGUGAUGGUUAAUGUUUAACCUGUCAACCUAGAUGCAAUACUUGUAAUACCUCAAGUACUUGUAAUAGUUGUUUAAGUGGUAAGUAUCUAAAUAGUUCUAAUACUUGUUCAACUUGCUAAUCACCUUGUUUAACAUGUUCCGGAACAGAUGGUUUGAUAUGUAGUUCUUGUGAAAGCAAAUACUACCUGAAUAUAUCAACUUGUACACAAUGCGUUUCUCCAUGCUUAACUUGCACAACUGCAGUUAAUUGUAGUUCAUGUGUAGAUGGAACCUAUCUAAAUGGUUAAGAAUGUCUAAGUUGUAAUUUUGCUUGUACUAAAUGUUCUGGUUUAGCUACUACUUGCUCUUCAUGUUCUAAUGGAUAUUAUUUGAGUGGGACUUCAUGUAUAGCUUGUACACCUCCAUGUGGAACUUGUGUUGAUUCCUCAACAAAAUGCUUAAGCUGUAAUACAUAAUCAAAAUAUUUGGACAAUAAUACUUGUUUAAAUUGUGUAUCACCUUGUUAAACUUGUUCAAGUGUAUCUUUUUGUUUAACUUGUAUUUCUACCUACUAUCUAAAUGCUUAAAAUACUUGUACUUAAUGUGCAUAACCCUGUGUUACUUGUACAACAUAAACUUCAUGUUUAUCUUGUUUAGAUGGUUAUUAUUUAUCUGGAACUUAAUGCUUAAUUUGUGACAGCAAUUGUAGAACUUGUUGGAAUAGAGCUGAUUAUUGUAUGUCAUGCUCUACGCGAUAGUUUUUAUCAUCUGAAAAUAAAUGUGCACCAUGCUUAUCACCUUGUUUUUCUUGUGUUAAUUCAGCAACUUCAUGUACAUCAUGUUUAGAUUUAUUUUAUUAUGAAGCCAAUAGUUGUAAGAGAUGUGUUUCACCUUGCUGGACUUGUGAAUCAUUAAAUGUAUGCAAAUUAUGUUUAUCUGGCAAAUAUUAUGACUAAACUGAAAGGAAUUGUUUAGAUUGUGAUAAAAAUUCUUGUGUUACUUGUGCAGGUACUUCAACAACAUGUUUGAGUUGUGCUUCUGGUAAAUAUUUGGAAAAUAAUACUUGUAAAACAUGUGAUCCAAAAUGUGUUACUUGUACUGGUUUGACUACUUGUCAAACAUGUUCGGUUGGUUUCUAUUACAAUGGAUCAGAAUGUAUUGCAUGUACACCACCUUGUAUUGAAUGUAACUCUGGUUCAAUUUGUACCAAAUGCUCAAAUGAUCUCUACAAAUUAAGCUUAAGUCAGUGCAUUAGUUGUUCAUUACCUUGUAGAACUUGUGAUUAAGAUGUUUGCAAAUCCUGUGUUAAUAAAUAUUAUUUCGAUUCUGCUGAAGUUGAUACAACAAAGAAAUGCAAAUUAUGUGUUAGUCCUUGUGACUAAUGUUCAACUUAGAAUAGUUGUACAACUUGUGUAUAAGGAUUUUAUUUAGAAGGAACAUCUUGUAUUAAAUGUACUAAUAAUUGUAAUACAUGUGAGACUGCUACUAAAUGCUUUACUUGUGUUAGUAAUUCUUUUUAUUUAACUACUUCUAAUACAUGUCUAUAGUGCAGCAAUAUGGAUGCAUCUUGUUUAACUUGUAGUGGUUUGAACAGAUGCUUAACUUGUAGGGAUGGAUUCUAUAUAUUAAAUUUGACAUAAAAUGGUGUUACUACAAGUACUUGUUAAGCUUGUUCAGUAAAAUGCUCAAGCUGCACUUAGUCUUUAUCACAAUGUUCAAGAUGUGCAGGAAAUAGACAAGGCACUCCACAAUGUACAACUUGUCCAUAUGGAUUUUUUGAUGGAGGAUAAUUGAAUUGUGAAUAGUGUAAUACCAAAUAUUGUAUCACUUGCAGUGGAUCAGCCAAGAAUUGUCUAACUUGUAUAAAUUCAAGAAUUCAGCCUCCAACUUGCUUCUGUAAGCCUGGUACUUAUACUUCUGGAGAUGAUUGCAUCUAAUGUAUGGCUAAUUGUUCAACUUGUACAACUUCUAAUUAAUGUACUUUAUGCAAUACUGGUUUUUACUACAAAUAGAAUUGGGAUGGAUAAGGAAAUAACAUAUGUACUAAUACAUGUGGGGAUUCAUUUUUCUAGGAUAUAAAUAAUCAAUUAUGUAUUAGAUGUCCAAUUUCAAAUUGUAAAGUUUGCAUCUCAACUACUGAUACUGGUUGUAUUUCUUGUUUACCUUCAAUAACUUAAUCUACUAGUGAUUCUAUGAAUAAUGUGUGUACAUCUACUACUUGCAGUUUAUAUUUGUAAUAACAAAGAUAAUGUUUAAUUCAAUGUUUGCCUGGAUAUUAUAAGAACACAGAUUUCACUUGCUCAAUUUGUGAUAAAGGAUGCAGACAAUGUCAGGAUACUGCAACAGCAUGUACAGAAUGUUAUCCAAACAUGUUUUUGUAAUAUACAACAGGAUAAUAAGUGAAAGGUUUAUGCAUACCUGAAUGUUAGACAACAUUUUAUUAAAAACCUUCAACAACUCCUACUGUUUCAGGUGGUAUUUGUGCUAGUUGUCACACAACUUGUAAGGAUUGCACUGAUGAUUAAGAAACAUCAUGUAUAUCCUGUUCAGCUGGAAGAUAUUUACUCAACAAAAGAUGUUUAACAAGUUGUGGAGAAAAUGUAGGUUAUGUAGCAAAUACAAAUACAAAUAGAUGUGAUCAAUGCGCAAUUAAUUGUACUUCAUGUACAUCAACUUCAGCUUAAAGAUGUACAAAAUGUGCUACUACUCAUUUCUUUUUGUUAAACUAAUGUUUGGCUCAAUGUCCCUCAGGUUAUUAUGGAGAUCUCAAUAAAAUAUGCUAAGCAUGUAAUACAUCUUGUUUAACAUGCGAUGGGCCAUUAGAUAAUAACUGUUUAUCAUGUGGAAUAUCGAUUUACUAUUUGGCUACAACAAAGAGAUGUACUACAUUGUGUCCUGAUAAAUUUUAUGGAAGAACAGACACAUUUAGAUGUGAAAGUUGUAUCAAUGGUUGUCUGAAAUGCAUUAAUCCAUUAGAUUGUUAAUAUUGUGAAGAAGGAUUCUUCUUAAAUACAAUAAAUUCAAUUAAUAAUUGUUUAGCCAUAUGUCCUGAUGGAUAUUUUGGAGCAGUAUCUGCCAGAGCUUGUAGAUAAUGUGAUCCUGGAUGUAAGACUUGUAAGGGUUCUACUUAGUCUGAUUGUAUAAUCUGUUCAGCAGGAAGAUUCAAUUAUUUAGGAGAUUGUAUUGCUACUUGUCCAGCAGGUACCUUUUUAGAUAAUGUAAAUAUGAGAUGUGAUACUUGUUCAUAAGGAUGUGCCACUUGUACAGCGAUGGGAAUGGGUAAUUGCAAUACAUGUGAAUUUGGAUACUUAUUUUAUAAUAAAGGCUGUUAUAUUAGUUGUCCUACAGGAUCCUAUAAAACUGGUACGACAUGUACAUCUUGUAUAUCUAAUUGUGCAGUUUGUAAUGAUAGUGUUUCUUGUUAAAGAUGUAAUGAUUAGACAUUCUAUACUGGAAUAUUAUGCACAACAAGUUGUCUAAGCAAUCAAUAUGGAGAUACUUUAACAAGAACAUGUAAAUAAUGUGAUCCUAGUUGUCUAACAUGCUCUGGAGCUAAAAUAGAUAACUGUCUUAGUUGCAAUACUACCUUCCUAUUUUAAAAUUCAUGCAAUCAAUAUUGUCCAGAUGGUUAUUAUGCUGAUGCAUCAACAAAGACUUGUAAGGCGUGUCUUUCCACUUGUGCUACAUGUACAAAUUCAACAUCUUGCACAUCAUGUAGUUAAGGAUCAUUUUUAAUUGGAACUCCUUUAUUAUGCUAAACUUCAUGUCCUGCUGGUUUUUAUGGAGAUUCAGGAAGCAGAUCAUGUAGAGCAUGUUUUGCUGGUUGCAGGACAUGCUUUGGUACAACAGCAGAUAAAUGUUAAUCAUGUUUAGCAACUGCUAAUCCAAGGUUGUUCUAUUCUAACUAUUCUUGUAAUUAAAUCUGUCCAGAUGGAACAUUCCCUAAUACUUCAAAUAGUAAUUGUGAUGCUUGUCAUUAAUUCUGUAGUAAAUGUAUUGAUGGUACUGCUAAAUGCACCUUAUGUGCAACAAAUAGAUUUAUGAGUCCUUUAAGUGCAGAUGUAAAUUCUCCAUGUUUAACUAUUUGUCCUUACUAAUAUUAUGGAGAUAAUACUACUAGAACUUGCUAAUUGUGUGCUACAAAUUGUAGAAGUUGCACAAGUUCAUUAGCUUAUAGUUGUACAGCAUGCAUGAAUACUAAUAUUAAUAAUUACUAAGUGAAUUACUAUUUGUUUUAGAAUAGUUGUGUAACUUAAUGUCCAACAUAAUAAGUAAAUAAUUAAGAUGGAAGUAUAACAACUUAAUAAUUAUAUGGUGAUAUUGUUUCAGAUACAUUCUCUUAUAAUUGUGUAUCAAGAUGUCCACCCUUAAGUUUUAGAAAUAAUUAACUUAUGAUUUGUGAGUAAUGCCAUUCAUCAUGCAGAACUUGCGAAGGAAAACUCAAUAAUGAAUGUUCAGCUUGCUUUACUGGAUUUUAUCUUUAUUUAGGAACAUGUUCAUCUACUUGUCCUUUUGGUACAUAUUUAUAUACUGUAAACUCAUCUUGUAUACCUUGUAAUUCAAAGUGUAAGGAAUGUGAUGGACCUAAUGCUACUGAUUGCACUGCUUGUUCUUCUCCUUUAGUUAAACAAGGAAGAGAGUGUUUGGAUAAUUGUUAUGAUGGUUAUGUGGUAGUAGACUAAGCGUGUGUUUCUUGCCAUUACACUUGUAAUGAAUGCUUAGGAAAUGAUAUCUAGGAAUGUACAUCCUGCUCCCUUGGAUUAUUCCUUCAAAAACUUUAAGAAAGUGAUUUAAGUGGUAAAUGUGUUCAAAGUUGUAAUAUAUCAUACUACCCUGAUUCUGCUGACAAUAAAUGCAAAGUUUGUCAUUCUACAUGUAUUACUUGUGAUGGUCCUGAGGAGAAUGAUUGUAUAACUUGUAGUGAAAAUUUAAUGUUUAUGGGAGGAAUAUGCAGUGAUACAUGUAUAGAUGGUUAUUAUUUGAAUGUUAAUCAAUGUGGAUAAUGUAAUUUAUCUUGUGAAACUUGCAGUGGUCCAAGUUUAAAUUAAUGUUUAAGUUGUGGUAGUCAACUUUUCUUGUUCAAUUCUUAAUGUUUAAUUUCUUGCAUUGAAGGAUACUUCUAGAAUGAAAAUACACACUCUUGUGAUAGAUGUAAGGAUAUUUGUUUAACAUGUACAAAUGAUACUACUUGUAAUGCUUGUGAUACAUCUAAAUACUUCUUGUUGGAAUAAUAAUGUUACACAUAUUGUACUUCUGGAUUUUAUUUUGAUACUACUUUGAAAAAUUGUUAAAUUUGUAAUUCCUCUUGUGUUACAUGCACAGGGCCAGAAAGUAAUUAAUGUUUGAGUUGUAAAACUGAUUACUUUUUAAAAGUCUAAUUUAAUUCUGAUGCUAAUGAAUAUGAUUGGACAUGUGAAUAACAAUGUGGAGAACUCUAUUAACCUGACAUUUAAAAUGCUGUUUGUUUAUAUGAUAUUUGUGAUUCUAGCUGUCUUACUUGUUUAAGUGAUUAAUCUACAACUUGUAGAUCAUGUAAUAAUUUAAUUUUAUCUAAUUCAAAAUGUUAGGCAGGUUGUCAAGAUGGAUAUUAUGUAGAAAAUAAUUAAUGUGUUCUUUGUAAUAGAUUAUGUAAAACUUGUUAAGAUAGUUCAACUAUUUGUUCAUCAUGUUCAGAUAUUGCUUUAAGAGUUGAUGAUACAUCAUGUGUUAGUUCAUGUCCAGAGAAAUAUAUUAAACUUUCUACAGAAUAAAAAUGUGUUGGAUGUGUUUCUAAUUGUUAAUCUUGUGUUUAUGAUGAAAAAUUAGUAGGAUCUACAAAAUGUAUUAAAUGUGAAUCCAAUUACUUCAUUGAUUAAACUUUUGAUUCUAAUAAAGUUUUGAAAAAUGUACAAUGUUAUUAGAUAUGUCCAGAUGGAAAAUACAAUAAUUUAGAUUCAUAUUAAUGUACAAAUUGUGAUUGGACCUGUAAGACUUGUUCAGAUUCUACAAGUUUAGAUUGUAUCAAAUGUGGAACAGUUGUUCAUCCUAAAACAGGUGCUACUUAAAUUAGAUAUAAGGAAGAUGGUAUAUGUAGAGUUGCAUGCUAAGCUGGUUCUUAUGCUUAUGUUGAUGAAAUUAAUGGUAAUACUUGUUUAAUUUGUAAUUCAACUUGCAAGACUUGUUUUGGAGUUCUAGAUACAAAUUGUAGCAGUUGUUAUUCAACUACAUAUCUUUCACCUAAUGGCAAAUGUAUUAAGGAUUGUUCUACUGGAUAUUUUUCUAAUGAUUCUAAUUAGAAAUGUGAAAAAUGCUAUUAGGGAUGCUCUAAAUGUGAUGGUGUUAAAUCUACUUAAUGUAUUGCAUGUGAAGAUGGAUAUUAUUUGUAUAAAGAUACUUGCUAAACUGAUUGUCCUGAUGAAUAUUUCAAAGAUGGUAAUGUUUGUUCAAAUUGUGAUAAAUUCUGCUAUAAUUGUACUGGAAAAGAACCAAAUUAAUGUAUAUCUUGUCCCACUGAUCUUUAUUUCUAUCCAGAACUAAAUACUUGUUAUAUUGAAUGUCCACUUAAAUCAUUCUUGAAUCUAUCAACUUUCUAAUGUUAAGAGUGUCAUUCCUCUUGCUUAACAUGUUCAAAUGAAAAUGAAGAUAGUUGUUUAUCAUGUCCAUUAAAAUAAAUUGAUACUGAUAUAUAGACUUAUUUGCUAGAUGGAAAAUGUAUUUCAGAUUGUGGAAAUCAUAAAUAUGGAGAUCCAGAUUCUUUAGCAUGUUAAGAAUGUGAUAUUUAAUGUAUAAGAUGUUAAACUCAAAGUAAUAAUUGUAUUGGAAGUUGUCCAGCAAAUAGACUGACAAUCCCCUAAUGUGAUUGUCCAACUGGAUUUUUAAUAGAUUCUCCUACUGCAGAAUGUGAAUUAUGUUAUUAUAAAUGUUCCACUUGUAAUGAAGCCUUUAUCAACUGUUUGAAAUGUGCUGCUAAUAGAAAUCAAGAUGCUCCUUUUUGUUCAUGUCCUUCUGGAUACUUUGAUGAUGAAUAGAAUAAGAAUCCAAUUUGUCAGCCUUGUGCUUGGUAGUGUGCAACUUGUCAAAGAAGAAGUGAUUUAUGUAUCACUUGUAAAGGAGAUAGAGUCGGUUCAAGUUGUAUAUGUCCGGCUGGUAAAUAUGAAGAUUCUACUACUCAAAAAGAAAUGUGUUCAACAUGUGACUCUACUUGUUCAACUUGUGCAGUGAAAUCCAAUUAUUGUAUUACUUGUAAAGGAAAUAGAUAUUCAACUUUAUUACCAGAUAAUCCACUUUAUAAAUUAUGUUUAUGUUAAAAUGGAUUGUAUGAAGAUGGAAAAUCUACUAAUUGUCCUUAGUGUGAUUUUAAAUGUAUAACCUGUUCUGGUUCAAGUUCUAAUUGUUUAAGUUGUAGAGGAGAUAGAAUACUAACAGAACAAUGUACUUGUGAUUCAGGAUAUUUUGAUGAUGAUGUCAAUGAUAAAUGUUAGAAAUGUGAUUUAUAAUGUGUAACUUGUGAUAAAAAAGGUUGUUUAACUUGUGCUGGUAAUAGAGAAGGUCCAGACCUACUCUAGAUCUGUAAUUGUCCAGCUACAGGUGUUGAUAGAAGAUAACAUGGAUAUUCUGAAUGUGGAACUUGUGAGUAUGGAGUGCCUUAUAUCAAAAUGAGAGAUAGUUUAGACUCUAUGACAAUAGCUUUUGGUGGAAUAAUUGUAUUUAAGGGAAUUAAUGAUGCUACUAUUCCAAGCAGAGAUGUAUGUCAGAAAUUGUUCAAUGAUGAUGACUUUACCAAAUUAGGUAGUGGUAGACCAUUAUGUAAUGUGGAUCCUAAUAAUUAAAGAUAGGUUAUAGUGAUAUUUGGAAAUAAUGCUUAAUUCCUAAUUGAUGCAAUCAUCACCUUAAAUUUGAAAUCAGUAAUUGGAAGGAAGGAUUGUUUAGGAAUAUUUUAUUCGAAUUUCCUUGUUGCCAAAAUCAAUGGCCCAGAUGCUCCUGCUCCUGCUUCUGUAAAGUUUACAGGCCCAUAAUUUAGUAAUUUAUGCAGUAAGAUCACAUUCUUCCCAAGUUAAGUAUUCAAUGAUGGUGGUAGAGGUUUAACUAUGAAAUCAUGGUCAAUAGUCUCUAUUGAACCAGAUAAUUCUAGUAUCAGAGGAAGAAUUCAAGCCUUAUUUGAUGCAGCUAAUUCUGUUAAGAAUAAUAAGAUUGAAAUUCCACCUAUGCUUCUAUCAGAAUAUUCAAGAUAUGUAUUUAAAUACACAUUCACUAACUUUUUAAAUACAGAAUUCAGUUCAGAUUACACAGUAUCAACCACAACUUAUGAAUCACCAUUUGUUUAAAUAGAAGAACUAGCUCCACAUGUUUAUUUCACAAAUGCAAGAAUCAAAUUAGUGGGUACCAUCAUUCAUUAAAGUUGUAUCUCUGGAAUUACAGAAAUCAUACCUUCUACAAUUAAUUAUGAAUGGAUAUCAAAUAAGGUCAGUAAAGGAGAUGUUGAAUCAUUUAUUCUAUAAGAUAUUCCAACUCUAACUGGAGUCAAACCUCCUGAUGUUCAAUUUGUUUAACUUGAUAUCCCUCCUUAUUCAGGUAAAGGUGGAUUUAAUUACCAAGUUACUUUGAUAGCUACUCUAACUACCAAACCAAUUUCAGCUAAUUAUACUGUUGAUAUUACUCUAUUGAAUUAAGGAUUACAAGUAGAAAUUGAAGGAGGAAAUAGAAUGAAUGGAUAUGCUGUGCCUUUGUAUGUCAAUGGAUGGGCCAAAGAUCCAAAUAUUAAAACUGAUUAGAGUUUAGGAAUUGAAUUAGUAUGGAGAUGUGUUAAUCUAAAUACUAAUUUACCAUGUGCAGAUGUCUAUGAUGAAGAGAUUCCACUAAAUAGAACUAACACUUAAUUUGUGGCAGCAAAAAGAUUUGUUCCUUAUAAUGCUUAUAAUUUCUAUUUGAAUGGAACUAAAGGGGAGUUAUUUGAAGUAGCUUAGGCAGUCAUUGUAAUUGUGGAAUUAGACAUUCCAGUUUUAGAACUCAAGAGACCUGAAUAUUUAACAUCAAAAAGAGUUAACAUGAAUCAAGAAAUCAGCAUUAAAUUCUUAUAUCCCACUAAGAAUCCAGAUAGUCUAUAUUAUGGUGGUGCAAUAGUAUAUGAUUUCAAUGUAGUUGCUACAUUAAGAUUUUUCUUCACAUCAAUAACUAUAAAGUUCUGGGAUAGUUUCUAUGAUUUAACUGAUCUUGCUUAAUUGGGAUUCAGAGCAUCAGUUUACAAUCCUCAAUUCUUUAUGCCUUCCACAACUACAUUGCUUAUUAACAUCAAUUUACCACCUAGAAGUUGUAAAAUGAAUGUUUCUCCAAGUAGUGGUAUAUCAUUUGAUACUUAAUUUACAUUAAAAGUUACUGAUUGUGAAGAUAGUGAUGCACCAUUCACAUAUAAGUUUACAUUCUACUAUUCUCCCACUCAAUAUGACAAUGAUAUUUUGAAGGCUGCUUCAUUGAAUCAAAUUCUUUUACUUGAUUACUCAAUUGAUAAUGAAAUUUCUACUAUUUUACCAAAUCCUUUAAGUGAUUCAGCUGUAACUCAACCAUUCUUAAUUUUAAUGGCAUCAAUUUCAGAUUCUUUGGGAGCAUUAACUAAUCUUACAUCUUCAGUUGUAGUAGGAUUAAAUCAAGUUGAUCUUAAACAUAGGCUAUCGGUUGCUUAAUAUUUGAAAAAGAGAUAAUAAUAAGAAGAUAAAUUCUAUCCUUUACCUUAUUUCUUUAGAUCAAGAUAAUUAGUAGAAAUUGCAGAUGCAACAGAUAAAUUUAUUAAACUUUAUUAAAAUAGAACAAGUUUAUCAAUACCAGAAUAAAUUAAUUUAUUAAAUCUACUUGCUAUUGGUGUCAAAGAUCUUAGUAUUGAUAAUCCAUCUGCUGAUCAAGAUGCUAAUGAAACUGCUAUUAUUAAAGAGGAAUAAACUAAAUUAGUAACACUCAAAUAAAGUAUUUUGACAUCACUCAAAGAAUUACAAUCUCAAGAUGUUAGUGUUGCUACAAAGAGUGCUUUAACUAAAUCCAUUGAAGAAUUAAUGAAUGAUGAAGACAUAUAAUUGAAUAUGAGUUCUGAGAAUAUGGAUGCAGAAUUAGAUAAAGCAGAUAGUAUUGUUUCUAGUAGUACAAGUGGAGUAAGUGAUCUUUAAGGAGAUAUUGAAAAUGGUAAUGUAGACUUCAAAUCCUUUAGAAUAAAAGAGAAUCUACAAAAUGAUAUCAUGAGAACUGCUGGUUUAUUAAAUGGACUUUUAGCAGCAGGAUAAAAUUAGAUAGAUUCUAUUGAUUCAACAAAUAGUACAACAACACCCAAUUCAACUGAUAAUAAUUCAACUAAUUAAACUGAUGCAGCAUGGCAAAAAAUGAAGGACAAUAAUGCAAAAUUGUUUAAAGUUCAAGAAUCAGUUAAAUUUGGUUUAACUUAAACUGCUGAUCCAAAUGCACCUCCUAAAGUAUUCUCAGGUGGAUCAUUCUCUAUGAAAUCCUCUAUUGCCACUCCUUCUAAAAUGGCUGAAUAUUUAGCAGGUUCAGAUCCCACUAAAGUAAAGAAGGACAUUAAAAUAAGUGAUGAUGAUGAAUCCACUUCAUCAGAUGAAACUAACAUUUAAACUGUCACUUACAAUUAAGCUGAAUUUACUGAUAAUCCUUAUGCAACUGAUGAUUCAUUCCCAAGUAGAUCUGUACCGGCAUCUGUCUAAAAUAUUGAACCAAAAUUACCAAAUGGAUCAGUCAUUGUUCCAAAAUAACCUAUACCUAUGUCUUUUGGAGUAACUGCAGCCAAAUAAGCAGCCAGAUUAAGAAGACUCAGAAGACUUUAUGGCAGAAGAAAUAUGCAAUAUUAUUAAGAUCUAUAUGAAUUAGACGAAGAACCAGAAGCUUAAGCCAUCUUUUGUAUUGGAAAAGGUCCAGAUGGAGGUUGGAGUGCAGGAGGUGGAAACUGUAAGACUGUUAAAUAGAUUGAUGCAACUGGAGCUGUUACUGUAACUUGUUAAUGCGAAGAAUUAUCUCCUACUUCAGUUGGUGACGCUAUUGCUGAUGCCUUAGCAUUUGAUAAAUUUGCUAAAGCAUUCUCUAUGGAAGCUUUAUUGGCUUUACUUAACUUCCCCUUCUAUAAAUCAGUAAUUGUGUAUGCUUUGGCUUUCAUGACAACUGCUUUAGUUUUUUCAGUCAAAUAUGGAUUCAGAAAGGAUAGGGAAGAUACUGAAAAGAAAUUAUUAGCUCCUCAUUUUGUAGAAUCUGAAUAUAUUAGAAUUAAAGCUGAAGAAAACUAAAUCAAAAGAGUUGAAAGACAAAAAUUGAGGAUGGAAAAGCAAAAAGAGAUUGAAUUGAAACUUCAAUAAGAAUAUGAGCAAUAAUUAAGAUAAUAAUAGGAAUUACAAAAUGAAAAUGAAGAAGAAUAACAAGUUCAAGAGAAUCCUUUUAGAAGAAAAAAUAGUAUUCAAUAAUUCCCGUUAAAAGAAGAUGCUCCUGGAGACAUAGUUAUGGUUUAGCCUGAUAUAGAACCAGAUGAAUUGAUGAAAAUUAGAUAAAUGAAUGAAGUCUAGGAAGCAAAAAAUGCUGAUGCUCCACUAAAAAGUGAAUUAACUUAUAAAUCUGAUUCUGAUGAUUCUGAUAGAUAACCUAAUUAAUUGGUUUAUGAUGAAGAAGAUAGUGAAAAUAGUGAUAAUAUGGACAGUCUAUAUGAGGUUCCAGAAAAUAUACUAGACUAAAAACCUGAACAUGCUUAGGAUGAACCAGAAGUAGCUUAAUAUUUUAAGUAAUUAGAACCAGAAUUUUCUAAAUCUUCAAUGUCUAUUGCAACUAUCAAAUAAUAAAACACAUCUAAAUAAUAAUAAUAGUAAUAGUAAUAAUAAUAAUAAUAAUAAUAAUAAUAAUAGUAGUAAUAAUAAUAAAAAUAAUAAUAAUAGUAAUAAUCUUCACAAUAAUAAUCUUAGAUAUUAUUAGAUUAAUAAUUAAAUUUAAAAUCAGAAAGCAUAGCUGAUCUAGAAUAAUUUAAUUAGGAAUUAGAGAAACAAUUCCAAUAAUAAGAUUAAUAAUAAUAAUAGCAAUAAUAAAAAAUUGAAUAACCACCUUAAUAUGAUAUGGGUGAAAGUUAACAAUAUGAACUUCAUCCAGAAUUGAAAGAAUCCCCUUUUAUGGAUUAAAAGGGCAAUACUACGCCACCUUUCUGUCCUGAAAUAUAUACAAAUGAAUUACCUAAUCUUUAAGAUGAUGAUGGUUGUGCUCUAAGUGUAAUCAAAGUUACUGAUUUCAAUCAACCUGCUCCAAAUAAUCAAGUUGAUUCAUUUGAUAAGGAUAUCAAAGAAGCUGGCUAAUCUGAAAUCAUAGAACCUAAAUCAAAGAAAAAUUAGACAAAUAGAAGGAGAAAGAGAAAUAAAAGUAAAACUAAUUAGAAACCUAAAGAUAAAGCAUAAGAUGUUUUGGAUAUUUCUAAUGAUGAAGAUGAUAUCAAAGAAGAGCCAGAACCAACUUAUGAAAUUAAAGAACAAAUAGUUUAAUAAUGGCAUAGGGAUUAUAAACGAAAGAAAUUCUUAGAAAGUGGAUGUCAACUUAAGUUCUCCCUUACAAAUGUUCUAUUAUUUAUGGCUCUAUUCCAUAAAUUAUUAUGCAUCUUUUUAGUAUUUGAAAGGAGAUUACCUCGUCCCAUCAGAUUCUGUGUUUUAUACAUGACCAUCCUUAACACUUGCUAUAUUAACAUAUUCUUUUAAGUGCCUUUGGAACCCUUAUAAUCAAUUAUAUUCAGUGUAUUUUCAGCAAUAUUAUCUAACUUUGAAAUGUUUGUAAUUUUAUUCUUGAUGCCACACAAAGUUUUUGUUGUUAGACAAAUAGGAUGGGGAAUAUUCAUUGCCUUAACAACAUUAUUAAUAUAUUUCAUACUUAUUGCUAUGGCAUUAGAAGCAAGUGAUUCUGGUGGAGAUAUAACAAGAUCUAAUAUGUGGGGUCUUAAUUUCAUUAUUGGAUUUUUGAACACUCAUUGUGUCUCAGAUCCUAUCAAACUAUUAAUCGUUUUCAAGGCAGUGUAAUUGAGUUUAACAGGAGCAACUGGUCUCUUGUAAACGAUUUUAGUAAAAAUAUUUGUGAAUCCUGCAACGAAUAUUUUCUUUGAAAUGAUUGAAGUAUGA